AGACCUGUUGCGUUGCAGUGUAUCUGUUUUGGGGGAUGUAGAUGUCUUUUAAUCUCCCAAUAAAUGACAAUAUAAAACAAUACUACAAAACACCCGCAUGAGAAUAGAGAAGGAGAGUUCAGCGUGAGGGUAGUUCUUGUAUCGGCUGCGGUCGAGUUGCACUUUUGUGAAUCGUGCUGGAAUAACGCAGAGGUAGCAGUCCUGGAGGGGGGGACAGGAGCAUUGAGGGGGGACAGGAGCAUUGGGUUACACAGGGGCAGUGAGGCUGGGGGUGUUCCUCUCUGCGGUAGGUCUUGAAAACCUAAACAGAAAGCCGAGGGAAAAUAAUUUCCGUCUGAGACUGGAGCGCAGACGGGGAUCUGGAGGUUUGUUUGUCUAAGAGACCGGUGUUUCGAUUGUCCUGUUGUGCGGUACAGGAUCUGAACGGGCAAACACAUUCUUAGCACACAUGAAAACGCUUUGAAUACAGUAUACAACACUCUGGCUAGCAAUUUAUAUGUAUAUACUGCGCUUUCACUGUAACCACAAGCCGCUGGAAAAGGAAUAAAGGGAGGAUUACAAACUGAAACGCACACAGUUGGAAAGUGCCUCCCCGUUCCGUUCAGAGGGAAAGCAGCAGAAGAGAAUGGACAUCGAGGGGAAAGCGGGGAUGUUUACAACUGCAAUCCGAGUUUAAUGUUAACACAAACAACCGAAAACACGUCCAGUACCUGACCGGUGGGUAUCUCCUGGGCUCAGUGCGGAUUUAAAUGUGCAAAAGGUGCGCACUUACACUGUUCCACACCUGGCAGAUACAUGUAAGCGUGUCUAAAGAAACUCGUGACGCGGUUAUACCCGCUCUGAAAGCGCAGUUAUGAUUGCGAUGAAGCUUCUGUGCGUUUAUGUCCUGUUGCUGAAAGCUGACGGAAGAGUUUACCCCGGCGGACGGAAGAGAGGACAUCAGCACUACAACCCACCAACGCCGAGGCACCGCUCGGGUCCCCAUGUGUGCUCGGCUGGGUUCGGCACUGGUUGCUGCCCUGGUUGGGUUCCUUCCUCAGCAAGUGGACUCUGCCUCACACCGGUGUGUUCCUUCGGCUGUGGGGACGGCUUCUGCAUCGCACCCAACGUGUGCUCCUGUCGGGGAGGGAAGCAGGGAGUCACCUGUCCAGAUGAGGGGUGGCUUGGUCAUUUACUGGCUGAAGACAUCUUCAAUCGUGCUGAUACGGAAGGAAGUCCCACCUCCUGCCUGACAGCACGUUGUGAGCACAGCUGCACUCUGAUUGGAGGAUUCCCAGCCUGCAGCUGCUCUCUGGGAUAUAGCCUGGCCAGGGACGGACGUAGCUGCCAUGACACAGACGAGUGCUCAAGGUUCGGGGGGGGAGCGCUGUGCCAGCAGCUCUGUAAGAAUACACUCGGAACCUUCCGCUGUCAUUGUUACCAUGGUUACCAGCUCUCCGCUAACGGCCGCUCCUGUGUGUCUGUGCCAUUUUCCGCUGGACCGCCUGGCUGUGGGGAGUAUGGCUGUGACAUGUCCUGCAAUAGCGGUGGGUGUGAGCAGGUCUCCAGAGUGUGUCCAGUGGGGUUCACAAUGAUCGAGACCAGCAAUGGAGUUGCGUGCCGAGACAUUAACGAGUGCUCAGGAGCAGCCUGCAGAGGACAGUGUGUCAAUGCGGAGGGAGGCUUUGUGUGUGAGUGCCGUGCCGGGAUGCAGCUCUCUCCUGACAGACACAGCUGCGUUGAUAUAGACGAGUGUUCUGGGAACCGGUCACCAUGCCAACAACGCUGUCAGAAUACUGUGGGCAGCUACAAGUGUUCCUGCCGUGUGGGAUUCUAUCUCCACAGCAACGGGCGCUCCUGCGUAGACCGGGAUGAAUGCCAGGCCCCCGGCCCCGCCCGCUGUCAGCAGCGAUGUGUGAACACGCCAGGAAGUUACUCCUGCACCUGUCGCCAUGGAUACCGGCUGAGCUCUGACGGACGCACCUGUGCAGAUGUGAACGAGUGCGAGACCCCUGGCCUAGCGCUGUGCCAGCACUCCUGCAGAAACUCUCCGGGCAGCUUCCAUUGUCAGUGUCCCCCUGGGCACAGACUGCACCCCAACGGGAGAAACUGCACAGAUAUUAACGAAUGUCACCUGCACCCCCCUCGCUGCCAGCACCUCUGCCAGAAUGUGAUGGGCUCAUACCACUGCACCUGUCCAGUGGGGUACCAGCUGCUGCCUGAUGGGAAACGGUGUGAAGACCGGAAUGAGUGUACAGACGGUUCACAUGGCUGUGGCCACGGGUGUGACAACACGGCUGGGAGUUACCAGUGCACAUGUGAGCCAGGCUUUCGGCUCCGCGAGCAGGGGGUGUGCGAGGAUGAGAACGAGUGUGCCCUUCCCAACACAAACCACUGCUCUCACAACUGCAUCAACACUGCAGGCAGCUACCACUGUGGCUGUCGUCAUGGCUACCGACUCCACAGCGACAGCAGAUCCUGUGUGGUUGACUUGCACAGCUGCCAGUCCUGUCGGAGACCCUGCCCUCCUGGGUUUGUGUUGCUACCCAACGGGGUCGAUUGCACAGUUUCAGUGGACGCUACCUGUGAGCCGGCCUGUGCAGGCGGGGCUGCGGAGUGUGUGAGCGGUCAGUGCGUGUGUCCACCGGGACUGACAGGAACAGACUGCCACACUGCUCUCCCAGAUCCUGCCAUGGUCCCAGCUCCCAUAAUGAAAACCAUUCAGCAGUCUUCCAGGAAGAGUAAACUGUUUGCCCCUCCUACCUCGGAGACCACACCACAGGCCUCUCCCAAUACCCAGGCUGUAGCUUCAGCUCUGCCCCCCUCAUCACCCUCCACCCCUAUUUAUGCCUCUGUGCCUCCCCCAGCAGCUAGUACCAUCUCUGUAGCAACCAGCCUAAUUCCCAAUAACACACCCCAAGUCCCACCCACACCAGAGACCACACCUCCAGUCAGUCUACCAACUACAGAGUCCCCAGCUCUUGACACUCUUCCUAUAGCCCCUCCCACUCCAGCAGUGGAGCAGUCUGCAGUAACCCCACCCACUGCUUUCCCUGUACCAAUAGCAGAGCCCCAAACCCUGUUCCGCUCCUUGGUUCCACCCACAGACCUGCCCCCCCCUCGGCCUGUCCACACCUCUCACGCAGAGCCCCCUCCCUCAGCAGUCCUACAGCUGACCCCAGCGCUCUGCUCCCAUGAGGGAGCCCUGCACCCCGAGGGCAGUAGCUGGCUGGAGCCGCACUGCAGGAACUGCACCUGCCUCCCAGAAGGGGCGGUGCUUUGCCACCAUGUGACCUGCUCAGCUUCCUGUUCCCACCCAGCCUCGGCCCCGGAGCAGUGCUGUCCGUCCUGCACCAGCUGCCUGUACAAAGGGCUGGUUCUGGAGGAUGAACAGACUUUCUCCCCUGAGGAAGACAGCUGCACCCUGUGUCUGUGCCUGGCUGGAAAUAUAACGUGCCUCACCCCCGACUGCCCUCCAGUCACAUGUGAGCAGCCCAUCCAAUCGGAGUGCUGCCCUCUGUGCCCAGCUGAGUGUGUCUACCAGGGGAACGUGUAUCUGGAGGGGGCAGAGUUUUCUCGACCUGGAGAUGACUGCACCACCUGUGUCUGCAAGAAUGGUGAAGUGGAAUGUUCCUACACCCCCUGCCCAGUAUUGGACUGUCCCAGAGGUGAUUGGCGGUUGGAACCUGGAGAGUGCUGCUUCUCCUGUCACCAGGCAACCGUGGAGAGAGGGUGCUCUGUGGAUGACAACGGAGUUGAGUUUCCUGUGGGACAGAUCUGGUCUCCCGGAGACCCCUGCGAGACCUGCAUGUGCCAGUCGGGGGGCAUGGUUGUUUGUCGGAGGACGGAGUGUCUGGAGAGCUGCCCGCACCCUAUUCUGAUCCCGGGACAGUGCUGCCCUGACUGCUCCGUAGGCUGCAGCUACAGCGGAGUGGUGUAUGAGAACAACGAGUCCUUCCCAUCGCGCUCGGACCCCUGCCUCCACUGCAUCUGCCUGUCCGGUUCCGUGGCCUGUUCCCCAGCACAGUGCAAACCCAGCUGUACCUACCCAUUCCACCAGGAGGGGGCGUGCUGCCCAGUCUGUCAGGACUGUAACUACGAGGGUCGGAAGGUGCUGAACGGACUGUCAUUCACACUGGAGAGCAGCCCCUGUACCCAGUGCACCUGCCAGUUUGGAGAGGUGAGCUGUGAGGAGAUCCACUGCAAUACUACCUGUUCACACCCCUACCCCCUGCCGGGAGAGUGCUGUCCCACCUGUCAAGCGUGUCUGUAUGCAGGACAGGCCAUGGAGGAUGGAGGCUAUCACACCUCGGAGUCAGACCCCUGCAUCGUGUGCCUCUGUGCUGAAGGCAAUGUGGAGUGCGAAUGGAAGGGAGGCUCCUGCCCAGACCUGCCCUGCAGUGAGCCACUGCUGCACCAGCCAGGACUUUGCUGCCCUCUCUGUCCUGGAGGACAAACUGCAGCACCCGAUCCAGAGAGCACUGCUGAUCUGCAAGAUUCAAAGACGACUCCUACAACAACCUGCUCAUCACAAGCCUCCCGUGGAACCACUGCCUCCCCUGCAGCCUCUGAGUCAGACCAUGAGGGAGCCAGUGUGCCAGGCAGGGGAGAGCUGGGGAGGGGAGAGGCAGGGAGGGGAGAGACAGGGAGGAAAGAGGCAGGCAGGGGAGAGACAGGGAGGAGAGAGGCAGGCAGGGGAGAGGCAGGGAGGGGAGAGGCAGGGAGGGGAGAGGCAGGGAGGAAAGAGGCAGGCAGGGGAGAGACAGGGAGG